AUGACAAAAGAUCACAGUAUAUUAAAGAAGAAUGUAUUUCUUGAAGAUCUUCCAGAAAAAGUAAGUUAUACUAUCCCAAUUUCAUCUAUUAUUUAGGUAUGGCAAAUCAUUUUAGCUAAAAUGGUAAACAUCGACAGCUUAGCUGCAUUGGCUGCGACAAAUAAAACGUUUUACAAACGGAUCAAUAGAGACUUUAAAUCUAUGUGUUAUAGCGAUGGCAUCUACAGACUCGUUGGAGAAACUUGGGCGACUGCUUUCAGCUUGUAAGGUUGUCUAUUGGUACUCUACCUUAUCUGUUUCUACCUCACACCACUCUACACAACUUUAUCUUAUACAAGUCUAUCUUAUCCUACCUUAGCUUCCCGUACAUCUAUUUUACCUUAACAACUCACAUUUAGGACGGCACAUCGUGCAUUUGACCUUUUAUGCGGAGUAACGUGCCCUCACUCUGGAACAUUUGCUUUUUAUUUACGACCACAUUAUGUCGUUCUUUCUCACAUUGACUUUUCAAACUUCAAAUUCGAAUUGCUUGACUUCAAAGAUCAGUUGAGAGCACCGAUUAUGAAAGUGUCUGUGAUAAACAAGGGAAAACGGUUGAUUAUUCAUUGUCAGAACUCAAUAAACGACCAAUUUGCAUAUCUGUAUGACAUUGAGACAAAACAAAUUCUGAGAAGUUUUGAAACAACUGACGUCCAAUUUAAAGACUACACUCAGCUACUGGACAACAAUAUUGUAUACGACCCGUACAGUAACAAAGAAUUCGAAAUCCCUCCAGGAAUGAGACGUUAUCGACCACAACAUUCAGACACAUUUAGUGAACAUCGUUACAUUGCUGGAGAUGAUGGAUGA